AAUUGCCACAAAUUUUGCCUAGGUAGGCGCCUCGGUUGGUUUUGAGACACAGUCCAUCCAUGAUGAACUCGAUUGUGUGUGCGCGUGCUGAUGUUGCUGAGUUGAGCGCGCGUGCUUCACUCAUGCAGUGGGCGGUCCGCGCGUGAAAGAAAACCCCCGUGCGCGCUCUGUCCCCGAUCAUCACAGUGCUCGCAGACCCGGGACAUCCGUCCGUCCGCCUACCUAACCCCAGUCCCAACCCAAACCCAGACCCUCACAGGCUCGUUUCAUGCACGAUCUGAGGCGAUGCUGGACUCCGGUGGCGGCGCGCGCGUGCUGAAGGAGGGCGCGCUGGAGAAGCGCAGCGACGGGCUGCUGCAGCUGUGGAAGAAGAAGCGCUGCGUGUUGACCGAAGACGGACUGAUGCUUCACCCACCCAAAAACCAUCACCAUCAUCACCACGACACCGGCUGCAAGGUGAAGGAGCUGCACUUCGCCAACAUGAAGACGGUGGACUGCGUGGAGCGCAAGGGGAAGUACGUGUACUUCACGGUGGUGAUGUCUGAGGGCCGAGAGAUCGACUUCAGGUGCCCGCAGGACGAGGGCUGGAACGCGGAGAUCACGCUCCAGAUGGUCCAGUACAAGAACCGCCAGGCGAUCCUGGCCGUCAAGUCCAGCCGGCAGAAGCAGCAGCAGCUACUGGUGGUCUCCUCGCAGAAGAUGGUCCGAAACGCGCAGUAGGACGCCGGAGAGCCGCGGAGCCUCUCCGGAGGGCUCGAGAUCAAGGGACGUUCCCGCGUGAAAGCGGGACUGGAUGCGCAUUACAGCAGAGCGGAGCUCGCGGACGUCGGUUCGGUGUCACCUUGUGCACUUGGACGCGCGCACAGACGCUCUUCAUGCAUUGAAAGACAUCACUACUGAAUUAACAUCAUAAACGAGCCGGGAAUAUCUCCUCAGAGACUGUAGGGGGGCCGGGGCAAGUUGUCACAUUGAGGUUUUGAGUGGAAAUCUGUUUGUAUGAGCGCUCCUAUUGUCUAGCAGUGGUUAUGCGUGUUGGUUUCAAACAUCUGGUCAAAACAGUCUUAAAUUAGGGUAUAUAUAUAUAUUAAUUAAUCGUAAUCUGUAAAAUCACGCUUGGAUCUAUUAAGGUGAGAGUGAACGGAUUGCAUUCUCCAAAAAUGCCAGGUUGGGGCAAGUUGUCACAUGAUGUAAUGAAUUAAAAUAUGUUGGUCAAAAUGACCUAAUUUUUUUUUUUUUUUUUUUUGCUAAUCUGUUUCAGAAUUAUUUAGUGUAAAAAAAAAAUGGAAGGUUGCCAUUGUGACAACAUGCCCCACUAUAUAUUAUGUUAAAUGAACUGUAUUUUCUGGGCAGUAAUGGUGUAAAUGUUCCUAUGAUUUCUGAAGCAAAUACUUUAAAGUCUGUAUUUAUACAGAAACCGGCUGAAAAUACCCUGAGUAAAAGGUGUGACAACUAGCCCCGGUCUCUUAUAUGUUUAUGGGUUGCAAAUGUGAAACGCCUUUAGUGCAUCAUCAUCAUCUGUCUGUCUUGAACAGAAGUGCCACCAUCACUUUCCAUUUCAGCGCAGUUUCAUUUGUCAGUCUCGUGCGGCUCUGGACGUGUAAUCAAUAUCUUCCGGGGGACCUGAAAGGCCAAUUUGUUACGGUCCAGAUCGCAGCCUGCAUGUGCGGUGCAGGGAUUUUAAAGAGACCACCUGAGAGUCAGAACAGCGCCUGGCGUGUCACACAUCCAGAAAACUCCUGAAAUCCAGUGAUCCUGUCAGAUCCACCACCAUCAUUCAUGAUCUCUGAUGCUCGACCAGUGGAGAUGCUCUCAGCGUUUAAUGUGUCCAUGCGUUUGAUUAGAUAUUUAUUUGUACAUAUAUUUUGUAACAGGUCAUUUGCAUAUCUGAAUGUUGGGUUAUGUCUCUUAAAGUACACUUGCUGUACAGAUGCAUUUCAGAAUAAGCUUUUGAUUUUAAGCUUUUGUUAUUUGUGUAACUGGUUUGAAUGGAAGAUUCACAUUUGACCAACACUGGUUUUGAAGGUACAUUGUUGGUUCUACUUUUUGUUGUUAUUCAAACCAAAGAAUGUACUUCACUGUUGUCAAAACAUUUAAUUGGGUGGAUCUACAUCAUGUUGACUUGCGCUAACUCUUACUCUGUUUAGGGGGCCGUUCACACAGAACGCGUCUUUGCGUCGAAAAACGUGAAUGGUUUUUAAAAAAGCGCAGUGAGGCAAUAACGGAAAUAAUAGAUAUAGGCAAACAGCAGAAUAGAUAUACUAUUUUUGACAUGGAAAAAAAGAAAAUAAUCACACUGGCUAUGGCCUCCCCCGCCAUGUUGCAGUCAAAUAAAACAGUUGCCAUGCCAACUUGCUACUGUAAACAGAAGCUCGCAACGCUUGCCCCGCCUCCGAGUUCUUCUGAUUGGUCCACUGUUUUGGAACUGACAUUGAUGAGCGGCGCUGCUUGUAAAAGUUGAAAUUCUUUUAACUUGAGACGCGUCUUAAAAACGCAGCACUCAUGUUGUAAAAGACGUGAGCUUAACGGUCAUACACGACUGUCUAGCGAGUUUAUGUAACAGACGUAGGCCGGUAAAAGCUGUGUGUGUAAACCUCACUCCCCUGAUCUCAAGAAGUGCUCUAGCGACUGAAGCUGGAGACUGUGGUCUUAAGCCUCCUUGUUAGAGCACCCGCCUCCCAUGCCGGCGUACCCGGGUUUGAGUCCCACUCAGGGCGGUUCGAACAGGAAAGGUUACAUUUACAUAGAAAAACAAUGUAAAAGUAGUGCAUUGGAAUAGAAAAACAUGUUCUGUGUGAACGGCCUUUUAAGGUUCAAUCAUUUUAACUAUGAACGUUGACUGUGCCAUUGACCUCAGUCAGUGUAGAUGCCAUAUUUGAUGCAAUGAAAAUGAGAUGUGCAGUUUUCCAUUUUGUUCCACUGGAAAUGGGGAAAACACUUGGUAAAGUCUCAUAUGUCUUCUCUUCACAGCCCCGUUUUCAUUCCCGCCAAAUUAAACGUGGCCUCUAUCCUGACUGAGGAUGUUGAUCUGUGUAUUCCGAUCAAUAGUGCAUUACAUAAAACUUUUCUCAGUCGAAUGCACGGCGACAGAACUGAACUGGAUGUUGUUGAUUCAUCAGAAAUGCCAGAUGAUCUGCUGUCGAGUCCUGCGUGUGAUCGAACUGUUGUUUGCUUUGUGUGAAAAUGACAUUUUUUGAUGGAACGGCUUCGUUCCUUAAGCUGAUUUGAAUGCCACUUUCAUACCUUUGAAAUAUACAUUCCAUUUCAAAUGAA